AAACUAAUAAAAAAAGCAUUAAGCUAUAAAUAAAUAAACAAGAACUUUGUCUGCUCAGAAAUUUUUGAAAUAUACUUUAUUUCUAUGUAGCUUAUCUUUAUGAAAAAUGUUUAUUUUUUGUAAUAAGGAAAUAUUUGCAAAUAAGUAGAAUUAAUUUUUACAAUUACUUAAAAAUGAAGACACAAGUGAUACUUACAAGCUUUUACUUUUUAUUUAGGCUAGCAACUGCAGCUAAGAGUUUGCCAAAUUUUGUUAUAUUUCUUGCAGAUGAUUUAGGAUACGGUGAUGUUGGUUGCUUUGGAAAUCAUACAAUUAAAACACCAAAUAUUGAUAAAUUGUCGGAAAAUGGUUUAAAAUUAACUCACCAUUUAACUGCUGCUGCUGUCUGUACUCCUAGCAGAGCGGCCCUUCUUACCGGAAGAUAUCCUAUUCGAUCUGGAAUGGAGAGUACUGACAGGAACAAAGUUUUCUUCUUUAUUGCAGCUAGUGGAGGACUUCCAGAGAAUGAAAUCACCAUUGCCAAAGCAUUGAAGAAAAAAGAAUACAAUACAGCUAUUAUUGGUAAAUGGCACCUGGGAAAUGAUUGUAUAAAAAAGGGAGAUGGCUGUCACCAUCCACUAAACCAUGGCUUUGAUUACUUUUAUGGUUUACCAUUGUCCAAUUUUAAAGAUUUGGGGAAUGAUGGUGAAAGUGUCAUCACAGCUUAUGUACCUAAUUUUUAUUCCUAUAUAUCACUCGUUCCUAUUUCUGGAUUCACUUUAUUCAUAUUCCUUUUUAAAAAACACAAAAAUUUUUCAAUCUUUAUCCUGCUACUGUUCACGAUAACUCCAGCAUUAGUUGUCACAUUUUUAUUGAACCUGAAAACUUUGAAUGGUAUUUUAAUGCAGAACUUAAAUGUGAUAGAACAACCAGUUCAGUUACAAGGACUGACUCAGCGUUUUGUAAGGGAAGUGAGAAGUUUUCUGGAAAAGCAAUCUGAAGAAGAAAAUCCUUUUUUUCUUUACGUGCCAUUUGUUCAUGUUCAUACUGCUUUAUUCUGUUCAAAUGAGUUUGCAGGGAAGAGUAAGCAUGGACGAUAUGGUGACAACAUUGAGGAGCUGGAUUGGGCUGUCGGUGAAAUAGUUCUUGAUUUAGAAAGAUAUAAUAUGCUGAAUAACACUUUCAUUUAUUUUUCAUCUGACAAUGGAGGACAUAUUGAAGAAAUAGGGAGAGAUGGGCAGAGAGAAGGAGGUUAUAAUGGUGUUCUUAGAGGUGGCAAAAUGAUGGGUGGCAUGGAAGGUGGAAUUAGAGUUCCCGGUAUCAUUUCUUGGCCAGGUGCUAUUAGAACUGGAGAAAUAAGUUCUACAACAUCACAAAUGGAUAUUUUCCCCACUAUUUUAGAAUUGGCAGACAUAUCUCCACCUAAAGAUCGUUUGAUAGAUGGAAAAUCUUUGGUUCCUAUGUUAACAGACAGAGUUACUAAGACUCCACACAAAUUUCUCUUCCAUUACUGUGGGCAAACUAUUCAUGCUGCAACUUAUAUUCAACAAGAAGAACAAAAAGUAUGGAAAAUACACUGGACUACACCGAAAUUUAUUCCUGGAACUGAACGAUGUCAAUAUGUGUGCCAUUGCUUUGGAGAUCAUGUUGUUCAUCACCAAAAUCCACUGUUGUAUGACAUCACAGAUGACCCAUCGGAGAAAAACUCAUCAGAAAUAAAUCAGAAUUACUAUAAAAUUCUAUCAAAUGCGGAAAAAGCAAAGUUAAAACAUGAGAGAGAAGUUGAAUAUGUGCCAAGCCAGUUCAGUUUCUCGAAUACUAUCUGGAAACCAUGGCUUCAGCCUUGUUGCAACUUUCCAUAUUGCAGAUGCAAUGAAAAAGAUGCUAUAUCGUCUCUUGUACAGUAAAAAUAAAAUCCAGUGUAAAUUUGUACAUUCCAGAUAAACUACCUAAGAAAGAGAUUUAAAAAGGAUUUAUUGCGACUACAGUUUAAAAAUUAUAUUUUGAUUAAAUAAUGUGUGUAAUUUAUCUUUUUAAUCAAUCUUUAAAACUACUUAUAAAAAUUAGAUGGAAAGAUCAAAAUCAAUUAAGCAUUCUGUGAUAUAUUUACAAUAAAGUACACAAAUUAAAAUAGU